AAAAUAAUGUGUGGUAAUCUGUGGAUAUUUGUUUUGCUCACUGACAUUUCAUUUAGCCGUUCGCAUAUAAAACUAUUCGUUUUGUCUGGGGUGUGUCCGAUCUUGGUUUAAAUGGUUAAAAAAAUACGAUAAUUUAACUUAAACAUAUAAAAAAUACCUGUGUACAAUGGGUAUAAUAAGUAUAGUGAUAUCACUAUUUAUUGUUGUCGGAUAUUCUCAAGCCAACUUUGUAAGCAAUAGUCUGGCUAAUGGUAUAAACAAGAAAAAGGUCCUGGAGGAAGGGUAUGAUGUGGUAACUUGGUGUACCACCUCCAUACUUGAGCAGGAGAAAUGUGAGAAGUUGGUAAAGGCUGCUAUGCUGGACAAAGGACUGUUUGGAAAAGAUUACAUAGAGUUACAAUGUAAACGGGCUUUUGACACAGAAGAAUGCAUGUCCUGGGUAGAUCAGGGCAAGGCAUCUUUACUGGGUUUAGACGCAGGGGAAGUGUAUGUAGCUGGCAGAUAUCAUUCCCUAAUACCUAUUAUGCAAGAACUCUAUGGCCGUGGUGAACCAUACCAGUAUUCAGUGGCAGUGGUGAAGAAAGGUGGGCUGCCAGCGGUACAGCCUGGUGUGGGACUUCAUGCGCUACGAGGGGCAAGGGCCUGCUUUCCUGGAGUAGGAUCUCUGGCCGGCUGGGUGAUGCCAAUUCAUGUGCUAAUGCAAGAUGGCGGACUUAAAAUCAAAGAUUGCAACAAUCAUGUUAAAUCUGCCGUUGAAUUUUUCGGCGAGUCAUGUGCACCAAACUCAUUGAAAGACAUCUACAAUCCUAUCGGUGAUAAUUCUGAUCAACUCUGCAAACUCUGUGCUGGGGGUAGAGGUGUCCGAUGUACACUAGCUGAUCCAUAUGCAGGAUAUGAAGGAGCAUUGAGGUGUUUAGUGGCCAACGGCACCGGUGACAUAGCAUUUGUACGAGACACAACUAUACAACACGCUCUACUCUCACAUAAGAUACUUGGUGGCGUGUCGGAAGACCAAUUCGAGUUGAUAUGUCGUGAUGGAUCACGCAGACCAGUGACGCAGUGGGAGAAUUGCCAUUGGGGCAAAGUGCCCGCCGACGCAAUAGUCACCAGCAGUGCCGCUUCUAUAGAACAGAGGAGAAAAUUCCAAAACCUCAUACAAAAAUUAGUGCAGCUUUAUGGUGAACCAAAUCCUUCAAACAAAAAGUAUAACGGUACGAAUGGGUAUCAAACCCAUGACCAGUUUUCGUCGUCGACGGCGCAACCACGCUACCCCUUUGAUGCGUACAACAGGAAUAGAUAUGACCCUGAUAGAUAUGAGGAAAAUGACGAAGGAGUAAGCACGCAAGCACCCUUUCAAGCUCGAUUUGACUCAUCUGGUCGUCCCAUAGAAUUGCCUUUCAAACUAUUCACAUCAAACGACACUACUGAUCUGUUACUGCAGGACGCAACAAUAAACUUCCGUAUACUGAAAGAAGAAGAACAAACCGCGAAGAAUAUUUUGAACAAUCCGUACGUGGGGGACCAAGCCGAGAAAGCCGUGUUGGGCAUCCGAGUGUGUCCCGUCGCAAGAGCCGUGCUGUGCGUCACCAGUGAUGCAGAGCUUGAUAAGUGUGUUAAAAUGAGGGUGGCGUUGAAGGCGGCGUUCCUGUCGCCGGCGCUGGUGUGCUGGCGCGGGUACAGCGCGCGGCACUGCGCACGCGCGGUGGCGGACGGCGUGGCGGACUUCUUGCCGCUCGACGCCGCGGACAUGCUGCACGCCGCGCAUCAUCACCGACUCGUGCCGUUCAUGCAAGAGGUGUAUACGAGUGGAGACAAUUGGUACUACGCCGUGGCUGUGGCAAAAGAACAAGACCCCGACACCGACAUCACAUAUUUGAAGAAGAAAAACACGUGUCACACCGGGCUGGGCAUGGCUGCGGGAUGGGUGUACCCGCUCGCGUACCUCUUGUCUAACGGGUGGAUUAGGCCGUACGGGUGCGACGGCGCGGCGGCGGCGGCGCAGUACUUCACCAAGGCGUGCGCGCCCGGCGCGCUCAGCUCCGAGUACGUGGCGGCGGGCACCGAGCCGCACGACAACCUCUGCCAUCUCUGCCACGGAGCUUCGUUCAGGCGUUGUCGACGAGACGCGAGCGAAGAUUUCUACGGUCACGUGGGCGCGAUGCGGUGCAUGGUAGAAGGCGGUGGCGACGUGGCGUUCGUGCGCCACACCGCGCCCGCCGAGGUGUCUGGAGGAAGACGCCGCGAGUGGUGGGCGAGGGACCUGCUGCCUGACGACUUGCAACUGCUCUGUCCUGACGGUACUCGAGCUAAAAUGCACGAGUACAAACAUUGCAACCUGGGCAAGGUGCCUGGAUCGGUGUUGAUGGGCAGGGCCAACCAUACUGAACUUGAUGUCUACUCGAAUCUUAUGGUGUACGCUCAACAGUUCUAUGGUGCUGUCACUUCAGACGAAUUCAGCUUCAGCAUGUUCCACUCUCCAUCCCCAUACUCGGAUUUAAUCUUCAGCGACGUGGCUGUACGUCUGAAGCCGUUGCCCCAUCACCAACGUUCAGCCGAGAUCAUUGCCGGAGAGGCUCUCAUUCGUGCCGCAUCUCUCGUCUCCUGCGACGCUCCCAAAGCCUCGUACUACGUCGCGCCCGAUCCGGACUUUUUAUCACACGCCUAUAGACAUGGACUGAUAGGAGAACUGCUAGCUUUGUCACUUCUUAUUAUUGCUCUACUAAGAUAACCGAAUCUCUACAAAAAUUGUACAUUUGAAUCUGUAUAUUUUUGCAAAUCUAUUUUUUUUUUUCAUUUCAUAAUAGGUUUAAUAGGUUUAGUAUAGAUCUGUAGUGUUCUAAUGCAUUCAAAUCGGCUAACACUGCUAUUGUAGAAGUAAAUCAUUUAAAAUUAUAGAGUACCUUAGACCAAGAAUUGGCAAGCAAUGUAUUUCUUUCUUUAUGCAGCUGAGUAGGCUGAACUUUGUUGCGGAACUUUAUUUAGCAACAUAUAAUGAAGCCAAAUAUUUCAGUAUAGUGUUAUAAAAUUAAUUAUUUUAUUUACACUUACAUUAUUGACGAUCAUUUAGACACAAAAA